UGAACGCGGCAUUCCGCAUCCUGGGGGCGGAGAGUUAACAGCAGUUUACUGGCAUCCACCAAAAAACAUUCAAGUGGGACAGAACCUGCGCAAAAAUACCGCACAUAAUUUUGGAGGGGCCCAGCUGGGAUUGAAACUUUGAUUGCGGGUAAUCGGGUCUGUGCUCCCGAGCUAAGGCAGAGAUGAGCACCGAGAAGACUGCAUACGCUCCCGUACAGGGGGUACACUCUCCAUCUUCGCUUCCCGGGCAGCCAGUGUUUCCUACCGCAUUUGACAUGAAUAUGCCAGGCCCAAACAUGUACGGAGCCCCUGCCCCUGGUGGUUUUUCUGCUCCUGGUGGUUUCCCUGCUCCUGGUGGUUUCUCUGCUCCUGGUGGUUUCCCUGCUCCUGAUGGUUUCUCUGCUCCUGAUGGUUUCUCUGCUCCUGGUGGUUUCCCUGCUCCUGGUGGUGUCUCUGCUCCUGGUGGUUUCCCUGCUCCUGAUGGUUUCGCUGCUCCUGGUGGUUUCCCUGCUCCUGAUGGUUUCGCUGCUCCUGGUGGUUUCUCUGCUCCUGGUGGUUUCCCUGCUCCUGGUGGGCUCCCUUUCCCUCCACCAACUGCUUUCGGGCCAGUGGUUCCUGGAGCUUUCGGAAUGAAGCCGGGCGGCCCAGGAUAUGGAGGCAAACCCUCACCAUAUUCUCCACCAGAUCCGGGCUUUAAUGGCAACUUCAAUGAUGAUGUUUACCAUAGUGAGGAGGACCCACCCCCCUUUCAUGAGAAUCAAGACUUUGAUUUUGGAUUAGAUAACAAGAGCAUAAGAAGAGCCUUUAUUCGAAAGGUAUUCUUGGUGUUGACUGCUCAGCUGACGGUGACAUUCGCCUUUGUGGCUGUUUUCACCUUCGUGGAUGAAGUCAAGAUGUUUGUCAUGGUGAACACCUGGACCUACUUGGUUUCCUAUGCCAUAUUCUUUGUGUCGGUUUGUGUGAUCAGCUGCUGUGGAAGCGUUCGCCGGAGACAUCCUUGGAACCUGGUUGCAUUAUCCGUCCUGACUCUCAGUAUGUCGUACAUGGUGGGAAUGAUCGCCAGCUUCCAUGACACUGACACAGUCGUCAUGGCAGUGGGCAUCACGGCAGUUGUGUGCUUCACAGUGGUCAUCUUCUCUCUGCAGACCAAGUACGACUUCACUUCCUGUUACGGGGUGCUUUUCGUCUGUUUAAUCGUCCUGCUUGUCUUCGGCAUCCUCUGCAUCUUCAUCCGUAACAAGAUUCUGCACAUUGUGUAUGCUGGACUGGGAGCGUUGCUCUUCACCUGUUUCUUGGCGGUGGACACGCAGCUGCUGCUUGGCAACAAGGAACUGGCCCUGAGUCCAGAGGAAUAUAUCUUUGCUGCUCUCAACCUGUACACGGACAUCAUCAACAUCUUCCUCUAUAUUCUUGCUAUCAUUGGAAGAGCAAGGGGGAGCUGAGCAGGAGGAACAACAGAUUAAAGUUCUGACACAAAAACGCUUUGAGUUUGUGUCUAGUGAGUUACCUAUAUCUUGAUUUUAGUUUUGUCUUGUAGUGUGCUUCGAGCUCAUAGUUUGAGAAUAUUUUUGCUUCACCCACUGUACAUGUUUUGUUUUAUUUUAUUAUAUAUAUAUACAUACAUACAGUCUAUGUUGUAGUUUGGGGGUUCUUUAAAGUUUUAUGAAGUAUAGGACGUGUUGUAUACUACUUUAUUUUGAGUUAAAAGUUGAUAUCGUAUGUGAUACAAAAUCAUUAUGGUAUAAAGAUUUGUCACUAGCUUUUUCCAGAACUUUCAACUAUGUUGCUCAGUCUUCAUCAGCAGAAGGAGUUUGAUGAGGACCAUGUUAUGCGGUUAAAACAGUGGAAUAAACUAGUUAAGUGGCCCUCGAGUUGGGAUUAUUUUUGUUAAACUACUACACUAUUUCCAAGGUCAAUAUUGAAUUGUGUUUACCUAUAAGCCAGCAGGAAUAAGACAGGCAAAAAAAAGAAAAAAUGCAGUGGAUGAACUUGCAUGUCAACAGAUCCAUCACCAUGGCAACUGAGUAAACUACAUCAGUUGAUGAAGUUUUAAGCCCUAGAUUAAGCUAGUAAUGCAGACUCUUGGUUUUUUGUUUAACUAUGUCAAAAGGUAAAGAAUAACCUGUAAUGCUAUGUAUAAAGUUAUUUUCUAAACCUGA